ACCACAUGCUCCUAGCCACAUCAAAAGGCCUAAAUUCUAUUAUCCAGCAAACACUAUCUCAAUAGUGAAGCUCUAAACCACUGCCAAGUAUGGUAGUUUCUUCGUGCUCUUUGAGCUGGAUUUCACCUUGCUUAUCCCAUAAGCUAAACUUGCCACAUACAAAUUGUUUGCCUCGCAACAUUGCAACUUCAUCUUCCAACACUGUCUUUUGUGCAUUGGACACAACCCCCAGCGGAGAAAGUCAUUGCCGGAGAAGACCGCUACUGUUAGGCAUUGGAGCAUUAACUGCAAAUUUACAACCAACAAAUUUGGUCUUUGCUCAAGAAAAACCAGACAGAUACCGAGCUUUUGUGGACUAUGAAGAUGGGUAUUCUUACGUAUAUCCCAUUGAUUGGAAGGAAUUUGACUUCAGGGCUCAUGAUUCUGCAUUCAAAGACAGAUAUCUACAGUUACAGAAUGUACGGGUGAGAUUUAUACCAACCGAGAAGAAAGACAUCCGAGAUUUGGGUCCUAUGGAAGAGGUUAUAUACGAUUUGGUGAAACAUAGAUACGCAGCACCAAACCAAAGACCAACAAUAAAUGACAUGCAGGAGAAAACCAUAGAUGGAAAACAUUACUAUACCUUUGAAUAUAUACUUACAUCACCAAAUUAUUCUAGUGCCUCCUUUGCAACAAUUGCUAUAGGAAAUGGAAGGUACUACACGUUAAUUGUUGGAGCCAAUGAAAGGCGAUGGAAAAGAUUUCGAGAUCAGCUUAAAGUGGUAGCAGACUCCUUUAGGCUUCUUGACAUCUGAAAUGUCACGGGACAAUGCAAAACAUGUUUUAAUUUGCCUACAGAUCAAGUUUGAAAUAUUCGUAUAUCAGAGCAAAAUAAGUUUUUACAAGUGAAUGAUAUCUUCUACUAUACCAAUAGAACUCUCUUUUGUACAUCGCAUGCAAAGUGACUUUGUCUGUCAUUUGUGGUGCAAACUCAAUUCGUUGUUCCUCGUCUACUCUUACAUUGUUCCACUGCUACUCCUUUAUGGAGUAUCUCGGUUGGGAAUUUUUAGAAGGCUUUAAUAAAAGAUAUUAAUAAAACAAAA